GUUUCCGGCGGGCCUGGGCCGCCCUACAGCAGGUCAGUCCGAGGGUGAGAGGGGGAGGGCCGGUCACAGCGGCGAGCAAGGCCUCUACACGUCGGGUCGUCAAGAGCAGGAGGGAGACGACGACGGGGAAGAUGAGGACAAGGAGAAGGACGGAGCGGCAGUCACAAGCAAGAGCGGACUCGGCAAGUCAGGUCGUGAGAGCCACCCGGUAGGUCGACUGGUCCCGCCGCGGCAGCAUGCCCGAGGGGCCGAAGCGCUGCCUCGGCGCCCGCUCGCGGAAGGGCCGCGGGCCCGACAGUAGGAGCCUCCGACGCGGCCCGCUGGAAGGCGCCGCUGCUGGUGGAGGCCCCGAAGCGCGAGCGGCCGUCUGCCGAGGAACGCCCGCCCGCGGUGGAGAGGCGGCCCGCGGAGAAGCUGCUGGACAGCGACUGCCGGGCCAGCUGCCCGCCCUGCCCCCCGCGUGAGGGGGGCGGCCCCUCCAGGCGCCACCUG